AUGUUAUCCUAUAUAUCUGCCUCGCCAGAUGAAGGCGUACAGCAGCGACCACCCCGGUAUGCUGGUGAAGAUACCACCCCAACGACUCGUCGGGAGAUCCUAGGAUGGUACUCGUACGGAAUCGCGGCUGAGGUGUUCGCGGUCUGCGGCGUAGGAUCAUUCCUACCCCUCACAUUGGAACAAUUAGCCCGAGAGCGAGGUACCCUACAAACGAGCCGCCUUCCAUGUAUCGGACCAUCGGCAGGGAAUAGCACAAAUGGUGAAAAUGGCCAAUGUGUGGUCCCGGUCUUUGGCCUCGAAAUCAAUACAGCCAGCUUCGCCAUGUAUACCUUCUCGCUGGCAGUGCUCAUCCAGGCGCUAACACUAAUAUCGUUCAGCGCGCUGGCGGAUUACGAGAAUAACCGCAAGACAUUGCUUAUGACAUUCGGAUUUGCCGGUGCACUCGCCAGCAUGCUGUUCGUAUUCAUUGUACCGCCAAUCUUCAUUCUCGGGUCGAUAUUGGUCGUCGUCGGUGUGACCUGCCUCGGUUCAUCAUUCGUUGUGCUGAAUUCUUACCUGCCCGUCCUCGUCGCGAAUGACCCAUCUCUGCAAGAUAGGAACUCCGCGGAAAUGUCAAGCUUCGACCGGGGCGCGGGUAGCCCGGAAUGGAAUGGGGACAGGGAUGCGGAUGAUGACAGCUUAGACGGGCUUCAGCCCCCGGGUCAGCCGCAGAGCCCCUUAGAAACUGAAAUGGGAUCCAAGGCCCCGCCCUCGUCCUCACCGGAGCUGCAGCUGUCAACUAAAAUCUCCUCUAGAGGCAUUGGUCUUGGAUAUUGCGCAGCGGUAUUUGUGCAAAUCAUCAGCAUUAUCAUGCUGAUCACAUUAUCCAAGACCGCGCUUGCAAAAGCGUCACCUAGUCUUCCCAUGCGAUUUGUAUUGCUUCUAGUCGGCAUUUGGUGGGGCGCAUUCACCCUGGUCACUCGUAAUUUGCUCAAGGCACGACCGGGACCUCCGCUGGACACGGUCUCCACCAAAGGGGCAGGAAGAUGGCGAGCCUGGCUGCGCCUGGUCGGCUUUGCAUGGAAAUCUCUAUGGAACACCGUCAAAGUAGUGAUGAAACUACGCGAAGUUCUCAUCUUCCUUGUGGCAUGGUUCCUACUCUCCGACGCGAUGGCGACCGUCUCCGGAACAGCAAUUCUCUUCGCGCGCACUGAACUGAAACUGAGCACCCCCUUGAUUGGGCUGCUAUCCAUCACUGCCACAGUAUCCGGGAUGACGGGCGCAUUCCUAUGGCCACAUGUGUCUCGGUACUUCGGACUGCAACCGAAUCACACGAUCAUCCUGUGCAUUGCCUUAUUUGAGCUUAUCCCACUUUAUGGUUUGCUUGCUUACAUCCCGUUCAUCAAAAACUGGGGUGUGUUCGGGUUACAACAGCCGUGGGAGAUCUUCCCACUAGCUAUCGUACACGGGGUAGUUUCGGGUGGAUUAGCCUCAUACUGCCGGUCGUUCUUCGGACUAUUGAUUCCCCCUGGUAGUGAGGCUGCCUUCUAUGCUCUUUAUGCUGCUACAGACAAGGGAAGCUCAUUUAUUGGACCCGCUAUUGUGGGUGUUCUUGUCGAUGCGACCGGUCAAGUCCGGAGUGGCUUUUUCUUCAUUGCGGUUCUAAUUAUUCUUCCAAUUCCCCUCAUUUGGAUGGUUAAUGCAGACAAGGGCCGACAUGAAGGUUUGGCUAUGGCUGAAACCCUGGACAAGUCACACGGUGGGUCCGCUGAUUCCCAAGAAGCCGAAGGACUUUUAGCUCGCGAGUAG